GCGAUUACAAAUUCAGAUCUUUGUAUGCUAACUGGGAGCGGGAGGAGACUGAAAGCUUCUACCUGUGGCUUGUGUAUGGUUGUAGGAGAAUGAACAAAGGUGGACCAGCAGGAGUGGGUGGCAGCGGCGGCGGUGGCGGACCCACUGCAUCGGCUGCUGCUGCCGCAGUUCAGAAGCAGAAGACGUUGUUGCAGCGAGUUGAAGGCGAUAUCGCCAGCAUCGUCGACAAUUUCAGCCACCUCGUCAAUGUUGCUAGGGUAAAUGAUCCACCCGUUAGAAAUUCACAGGAAGCUUUUAUGAUGGAGAUGCGUGCUGCCAGGAUGGUCCAGGCAGCUGAUUCUUUGCUAAAAUUGGUGUCUGAGCUGAAGCAGACUGCAAUAUUUUCAGGAUUUGCUUCGCUUAAUGACCAUGUAGAACAAAGAAAGGUGGAAUUUAACCAACUGGGAGAAAAAACAGACAGCAUGUUAUCUAGAAUUGGAGAGGAAGCUGCUGCUAGCCUGAAAGAACUUGAAUCUCAUUAUUCUUCUUCUGCACAGAAGACUAUUCAAAAUCAGCAACCUUAGUUGAGAAUUUAUACAGACAGCUCUUACCUGUCACUAAGAUGGAAGAUAUCCCUAUGGGAUAUAGUAGAUUUCUAUUUUGAUUUUUAUAAUAUAUGCUUGUUUGGAUGACUAUAAUUUAGGACAAGGAAGUAGAAACUGCGAUUUUGACUUUCUGUUAUCUGAAACCAUAUAUUUAUUAUCUCAACAUUGUCAAUAGCAAAGAUUUCAAGCA